AUGUUGAUAGGCUGUAGUUAACAGUUUUCAUUUGCCAUACAAAACCAAAAGUGACUUUUCAGUGUAAGUUAUGUUGAUUCAGCAGACAGUAAUGCAGUUGAAAAACUGCCUCCUACAUGUCAGGAAGUAGAAGUAGAAAAAAAAAACAGAAAUGGGGAAGGAGUGAGUGUACAAAAUUCAAAGCCCUCUUCAGCGGUGUGCACAUAAUCCAGACACAGAUUUCAAGAUGAAGUUUUUGCUGUUGUCGGUGAUGCUGACAGCAUGUGCUGCAACUCCUCAAGAUCUGUCAGGUAAAAUGUUUACCUUCCCACAAGAAACCAACACAGCGCAUGUGAGGCUGACUGCGUCAGGACAGGAUUAUAGCUCUCUCACCGUCUGUCACAGGUCUUUUACAGACCUCAAAAGGGACCACAUCCUUUUCUCCAUGGCCACACCCGCUAACUCCAAUAGCUUCCUGAUUUUCUGGGAUGAGACAAAUAAGGAGAUGGAGCCACAUAUCAUUGAUAGAAAGACUGAAUAUCGAGGGCAGGACUACAAGCCGAAUAUGUGGCACUCUAUAUGUACCACGUGGGACUCUACAUCUGGACUGGUACAGCUGUGGUUUGAUGGACGACCUUCAAUUAGGAAAUUUAUCAGCUCUGGAUCAAUCAUCAGAGGGGCUACUAUAAUUAUCAUAGGACAGGAGCAGGAUUCCCAUGGUGGGGGGUUUGACCUUAAGCAGUCCUUCGUUGGCAUGAUGACUGACGUCUACAUGUGGGACUACGUACUGUCACCCUGUGAGAUCCAGAACUACAUGGACGAUCUAAACUUCACUCCGGGGAACGUGCUCAACUGGAGGGCGCUGGAGUUCCAGAUUAGAGACAGGGUGCUGAUAGAAGAUAAACACAUGACCUGUCACUAAACGUUACAAACAAAUGCAUUAAUGUCUUGCAUUAAGUCAAAAAUCGCAAUUUUUGUGCUUGUAUGUCCCAUGCACCAUAUUAGUUUGCUGAUUGAUUACUUAUUAAAGGCUACCUCUGAUUUGUCUUGAUGUAAUCAUCCCAUGAAAGAGUGACUUCGGUCGCUGAUCAAUUGACCUCUCUGGGCCAUCCGCCUAACUUGUCUGUGCUGUUGGAGAAAUCCAUAGUCCUCUUCCUGUGUGAAAAUGAGGUUCAGCCAAAGCCACAAUAAAGCUUCAGUUGUCUUGAGUUGCCCAAAUCAAGUGGGGUUUAACACCAUCUUUCCAAAUAAAUCAUCCCAUGAAGGUUUCACAGUCAGGCGUCAUGGUGACGCAUGAGUCUUUCAACAGACAUGUAAAUUCUGAUGGCUGAAGUGAGAAAGGGAUUGAAGUAUGUUGUGUUGUUCAUCGUAAUACUUGGUCAUCGGCAGUCAAAAAUGUGACAUGAGGAAAGCUAAACAGCUAAAGGAGGAUGCGUAUUUGAGGGAAAGCUGAGGAGGAAAGUGGGAACAGGUGUGCAUGUGGCUGUGGAGAUCAGAGAAAGAUGACACACCCUGGAUAAUAGCUGGAGAAGCAGAGGCAGGUUAAACAUUAGCUGAUCUCUUUUACUAAGAAUUGAAGUAAUCCAAAUCUAUUAAGUAAAAAAAAAGUUUCUUUGCUUUAUAGAACUCGUGUAUUUUUGCAACUGUUUACAAUCGCUAACGCUAUCGCUGACUGUUUCCAAAUCUGUGUUAAUUUUCCAAGCGUUUUAAACUGAUCAGAUGGGGACAAAAAAAUAAAAACAUGGACUCAAGUGACCACAUGUUAAGAUAUAGUCACCCUACUUACCACAUUGUCUUGACAGCACAUUUCUUCUAUAGUCACGUAUAUCUGUCCAGAUAAUGUAAAUGUUAGUAUGGUCAAUGAAUUGUGAUGCUGAGCUGAGUAGGAUGCUUUCUUUCUUUCUUUCUUUCUUUCUUUCUUUCUUUCUUUUUUUCUUUCUUUUCCUCCCUCAAGGGCUUAAUAAUUGAAUGCUGCGAAAAAAAAAAAAUCUCAGACUAAAACAUAAGUGUUGAUGUUGUUACAUUCCUGCUAGAUGUUCCCAUCAGUAUUUUCUCUCUGUAUGCCAUAAAAAAAAAAAAAA